GGUGGUGUUCUUUGGAGUGGUGUAGAUGUAUGGGGAUGCGCGUAGACGGUUUUGGUUUUGGACGAGCGCAGGCGUUCUUCGUAUUCGUCUAGAGUCCCUCGACUCGUGCGGACGGUCUGCGGAUUCGUGCAGAUGGUUUUGGACUCGCGCAGAAGGUUUUGGACUCAGGCGGACGUUUGCGGACGCGCGCAGGCGGUUUUGGAUGUGCGCGGACGGUCUGCGGACGCGCGCAAACGUGCGAUCCCCCAUCUAUCAUGCCGCUCGAGGCAGCAUUCCCAUCUCACGCCAUCACUACCUACGCACUCUUCCAUCUUCCGUCUUCCAGCACCCCAUCUGGCCUCCCUAUGCGGCGUUGUGCGGUCAGGCACUCCUUUGCCUUACCUGUCCGCUCCCUAGCCUUACCCGUCCGCUCCUUUACCCGUCCACUCCUUCACCUUACCCGUCCGCUCCUUUACCUUACCCGUCCGCUCCUUCACCUUACCCGUCCGCUCCUUAACCUCACCCCAUCUUACCUACCCGCCCCCCUCUGCCCGCUCCACGAGGGGUGGACCACACUCUUUCUUCCCUCGCAGUUUGUCUCUGCGCCGUGUGGCGAUCCCUCUUCCCCACCUCUUCCUUCCUCCCCCUUCACUCAUCCCCUUCCCCCCCCCCCGCCCACACCAUCACCAUCACAAACCACCUCCCUCCAAAAACUCGCUAACCACCUCCCCCGCACCCACACCCCCGCCCACACCACCACCAUCACUUUUUGACUACUCAAACUGCUCGCUAACCCUCCUUUAACGUUCGCUAACCACCCCCC